CAGCGGGCGCAGUCUCCGCUCGGCUCUCCAGUCGCUGUCCGUGGUGCUGAUCGCGGCCGGGGAGAGCAGAGCGGGCGGUAUGCGCCCUGUGUGAUCGGGAGCCCCGGGGGCCCCUCAUCCGUCACACCGCGGAGGCCUCCAGCACCAGGAUGGGUCUCCCCGCAGGCACCGUCCUCUGCCUCCUGCUGAUUACCUGCUGCCCCCGCGGGGGCCUGGGGGCCCGGAGCCACGGCUGCCUGUUUGAUCUGAGGCUAUGCUCCAAGGAGGAGGUCUGUGUACAAGAUGGAUUAUUCGGCCAGUGUCGGGAUCGGUCGGAAAGGGACGUGGGACAGUUCCAGGUGACUCCUAGAACUCUGCAACAGUUGCAAGGCAUUCUGCGACGGCUGUCGGCAAAAGGGUUGUCGUGGAAGGAUGAUGUGACGCAGCGAGUAAUGGCUCAUGAAAUGGGUCGCAUCCCGCAGCACAAAGCGCUGGAGUCUUUCGAUCUUCUGGAUGAGGAGAGAUCCCCAUUGGCGGGGCGGACAAUUCAGCGGCUUACAGGUCCAUUGUCAGCUCAAAGGUGGACCAAUCAAGUGGAUCCCUUACCGUAUUUAAGAUCAAAGGUGACAUCAUCAGAUUCCUCAUCAGGACCACAAAGACUUCCCAUGAGCUUCAAGCAGAACUUGUCUCCUCUGUUGGAUCGAUACUUGACCUACUUUCUGCUCUCCUCUCAGUCACCCAGUUCACAGCUGGGCUAUCAGGACCCCAACCGUGUGAGAAACGCCCAACACUUCUUUGCUGCCUCUCACUCCUGGCCCGAGGGGUCUAGACAUGUUGUCUACGGGAGGCUUCAGGGUGGGCCAGAAUCACCUUUACCCAUACAGUGGCCCAGCGACACUCACCAUGCCUGGGCAGAACUGAGAAGGAAGCUUCCCCGUGAGAGUGUGGACGGUAACUUGAUGGAUGAUGUUCUGGAUAGUUCCGAAAGGAUUGAAAGGAUGAGCCUGAUGGACGAAGGUGACCAGGACCGCCGACCAGAAGAAGAAGGAAGGGCAUUGAAAGGUCCUAUGGGAAAGCAGACCAUGGCGGAGAUGCAGUCUAUUCCAGAUAUACAAAAUAUGGGAGACGUGCAGAGUUUAGCGGGAGUGUUCGAGAAAUAUGGCGUAGACCUAAGACAGCUCAGCGAAUCACAACUGGAGCAGCUGUCGGCUUUCCUUCAGUUAAUCCAAUCAGAUGCUCUACAGAACCAGGGGACAAAGAAUGUGGAUAAAAGCCCACCACCGAAAAGAGUCUCCGAGGGGGAGAUGCAGCACUCGGCUCAAGACGAACCGCAGUUCUCGGCUCCAGAAAUAUCGCCAAGAGAGAUCUCUCCCGCCCCCGCGGCGCUGAAUGCUGACCAGCGCUUGCCCGACGGACGCAUAAGCGCAACAACCGCCACCAUCACCACCCACCUGGUACCCGAUUCUCAGACGAUGGCGGAGCAGCCUGGGAACCCAAUGGCGGCUGAAGACGGGGAGAAAAAGGUCCCAGAGAAAAAAAGUUACCCAGAAAUCUCAGAGAUGAGAUUGGACCCUGGGCAGAGCCCACACAAGGCUACAGAGGACUAUGGGUACAUCCUGACCGACCAAAGGCCACUGAGCCUGAUAAAUGGGGUUCGUCUGUUGGAAAUCCUGGCCCAGCGAGUCCAUCUGUCCACUUCCAGCUUCAUCAACAUCAGCGUGGCUGGAUCUGGCGUGACUUUCCGGAUCCGAAAAAAUCACCAAAAUUUGACCUUGGCGGACGUCGCAAACCGCGCAGUGGCUCUGAAGUCAGACCUACAAACCGAGACGGGGGUCAAGAUUGUGCAGACAGGAACCGGACAGCGCAGUAACGGCACCACCUACCCGCACGCCACUCACUUUGGGGAUACCUUCCGGUUUGUCCUCCUAAUCUUUAUUGCCUUGGCUUGUAUUGCUGGGAUAGUCAUCGCCUCGGCUGUCAUCUUCUGCCUCCGCCAACAUGCCAAGCAGCGGGAGAAGGAACGAUUGGCCGGACUUGGCCCUGAGGGUGGUGGAGACUCCACAUAUGAGUACCAGGAUCUAUGCAGACAGCACAUGGCAGGAAAGUCUCUAUUCGGUCGCACAGAAGGUAGCGGGGCAGCGGCAGAGAACUCCCGUGUCAGCAGCGUGUCUUCCCAGUUCAGCGACGUGCCGCAGCCCAGCCCCAGUUCACACAGCAGCACUCCGUCUUGGUGCGAGGAACCCGUGCAGUCCAACAUGGACAUCUCCACCGGUCACAUGAUCCUGGCAUACAUGGAAGAUCAUUUGAGAAACCGAGACCGGCUAGCAAAGGAGUGGCAGGCGCUUUGUGCGUAUCAGGCGGAGCCCAAUGCCUGCUCUGUCGCCAAGUCCGACACCAACCUAAAAAAGAACAGGAAUACUGAAUUUGUUCCAUAUGACCACGCUCGUAUUAAGCUGAGGAGUGACAACAACCCGUCCCGGAGCGACUACAUCAACGCCAGCCCUAUUAUUGAGCAUGACCCUCGUAUGCCAGCUUAUAUCGCCACGCAUGGUCCGCUGUCACACACCAUCGCAGACUUCUGGCAGAUGGUUUGGGAAAACGGCUGCACGGUCAUAGUAAUGUUAUCGCCAUUGGUGGAGGACGGAGUAAAACAGUGCGAUCGCUAUUGGCCCGACGAAGGCUCCUCCCUCUAUCACAUCUAUGAGGUGAACCUUGUAUCAGAACAUAUCUGGUGUGAAGACUUUCUGGUUCGCAGUUUUUAUCUGAAAAACGUUCAGACCCAAGAGACGAGGACCCUGACGCAGUUCCAUUUCCUGAGCUGGCCAGCAGAGGGCACUCCCAGCAGCACUCGCCCCCUGCUUGACUUCCGCAGGAAGGUGAACAAGUCUUUCCGCGGACGCUCCUGCCCAAUCAUCGUGCACUGCAGUGAUGGAGCUGGAAGAACAGGAACCUACAUCCUCAUAGACAUGGUCCUCAAUCGCAUGGCUAAAGGUGUGAAGGAGAUCGAUAUUGCGGCCUCACUGGAGCAUGUCCGGGACCAGCGACUUGGGAUGGUGCGGACAAAGGAUCAGUUUGAGUUUGCCCUUACAGCGGUGGCAGAGGAAGUAAAUGCAAUCUUGAAGGCUCUGCCACAGUGAGAUUGACCCAGCUGCCCCACUCGGUGUUGUGACAUUGCGCCUGCCUUACGAAGAUGGCAGCUCCACCUCAAGUAUCCAUUUAUGUGCUCUCUCUCUACUCUUCAUGCCAGAGAAUUAUGGCUGCCCUUCUACAUCCCUAACGCCUAUUUGCCUUUCCAAGCAUCUACCCCUCUACUGCCUGACUUUUCUUAUCCCCAAAAUUUGCUACCUCGUCCCCCAUGCUUCACCCCUAAGCUGCUAUUACCUCAUUGUCAUCCAGUCAUGUCUAUUCAUCGUUCUCCAAUAGCAGAGAGGCUCCGAGUCUCCCAAGAUCCCCAGGGUGAAAUCCCAGAAUAACAAUUUCAGCAAACUACCUGGAACUACAUCAAAUGCAUUAUAUGGCACAACAGAUUAUAUUUUUUAUAAAUGUAAUAUUUUAUUGCUUGAAGCACUUAAGGUAAAUUAAGCUACUCGGAAAGUAACAAUGGUACCAAGAUAUAGGCACCUUUAAGAUGUCCCAUGUAAGUGGGCAGAUCAGGGGCGGACUGACAACUCAUGGGGCCCCCGGG